AUGCCAAUGUACAAGCCCCUCCUCACAGCCGCAACACACCUUACCCGGCGAGCCGCAAAACGGCGCAUGUCCAUCAUCUCAUCCAUACUACUAAUCUCGUUACUAUUCCCCAUAACCCUCUAUUUACUGCUCGGCAACAUCCUUGUCAACGACCCUCGUUUGGUGCCCCAUGCAAUCCGAAACGCACAGAAUGUGUUAUUCAUAACGGCGCAUCCGGAUGAUGGCGCCUUGUUCUUCGGACCGAGUAUAUUACAGAGCCUAGGAAGGAAGAAUGUUAAUCGAUAUUUGCUCGUUUUAUCGUCUGGUGUAAAACACCCCGAAACGCACAAACUCGAAACGAAAAGCUUCUGCCUCGAAUACUCCAUCCCCGACAAAAGAUGCCUCAUCCUGCAAAACAAGGAUCUCCAAUUCUCCAAGAAAUGGGACGAGUCCAUAAUUCAACGCAUCCUCGAACGGCACAUCAGAAAAUGGGAAAUCGAUCUAAUCAUCACCUUCGACGCAGACGGGUUUGGCGACGAGAAUCAUCGCGCCUUGAGUAAUGCCGUGCAGCGAUAUAGUACCCUGCACGACCACCACAACCCAACCGCGUACGCGUUACAGACCAAAUCCGCGCUGAGGCGGUAUUUGUCCGUGCUAGAUUUGGCGACGACUUCGCUACCGUUUGGGAUCAGGAUUUUGGAGGCGUUGGUUUUUGCAGUGCCGGAGGCGUAUCGGACCCCCUUGGAUGGGAAGCGGGUUGGUGUCCAGCCGCCGCCGAAGAAUGGGGAUGCUUAUGGGGAUAAGGCGUUGAUAGUUGCUGAUUGGAGUGGGCAUGGUAAAGCUCAGGCUGCUCUGAAAAAACAUACGUCGGCGUAUUCGUGGGAUAGGGCGCUGUAUUCGAGUCUGAGUCGCUAUAUGUGGUUUAAUGAUUUAAGGAGGAUGUAA